AUGAUGAAUAUGGAAGUGGAAAAUACUGAUGACCAGCUUGUAACAAUUCAUUUUGAUAAUGAUGUCAACGACACAUUUAAUAAAUUGUUUUUAAUAGAACAUAGUGCAUAUUUUGAAGCUAUGUUUAAUGGAAACUUUUUAGAAUCUCAACCAGACCAAAAAAUACAUAUACAGGAAAUAAGCCAUAAAGGUUUUGUGAGCGUCAUCAACAGUUUGAAACAUAAAAAAGUAAUUUUUGAUGAUUUAGAUGAUUUACUUACUAUACUGGAAGUAUCACAGUUUCUUCAAUUUCCUUUCAUUAUUGCUGAAUCUAUUAAAAUUGUCAGACAGAAAUAUUUGUUUACAAUUUAUGCAGUCAAUGUGUUUUCAACGGUUUCUAAACUUGGAAUUAAGAAUCUACUAGAGAAAUCCCAAGCUUAUAUUUUGUAUUACUUUAAAAAAGUAUUGUCUCAAAAUAAAGCUGGUUUCUUAAAACUAAAGAAAGUAGAUUUACAAACAUUAUUGAAUAACAAUAGUUUAAAUGUUGAAAACGAACAAGAUGUGUUUGAUUUGAUUGUUAAUUGGUGUUUGGUAAAUAAUAAUUACAAUAUUGAGUAUGAAAUGGUUGUUAGUUGUGUGCGUUUUAAAUCUAUGAGUAAAGAACAAUUGGAAUAUUGUAUUUCAAAAACUAACAAUUUAAAUUUACAAAACAUCAUGAUUCCGUAUAUGGAUUGUACAAGAGAGCCUGUAUUAGACCCUAUGAGUAUGGGGUUGUAUAUUAGACCGGUAAGAAAUAUUCCUUUUGGUUUGUGUGCUGUUAAAAAUGAAUUGGAUGGUUAUGCGUUUGUGUAUCGCUGGGAUUGGGCUUCUAUGCAGUUUACAAAAUUUAUUAGAUUGGAUCCAUUGCCUCUUGAUACAACUGGAUAUCAUGUGAUUGUUAAAGGCUUAGAAGUUUAUGUGAUGGCUGGAGAAAUUGCAUAUGGAAGAGGAUCAUGGAAUAAGGAAGGAUGGAAGUAUAAUUUACUGUCAGAAGAAUGGAAGAGAUUGAAAGAUUUUACUACAUCCAGUAGGCGCCAUGGAGUUGGACAUUUUGUAGGUGAUUAUUUAUACUUAAUGGGAGGUCUUACAAAGCACCGAUUGCCAAAUCGAAAUAUUGAGCUCUUUGCAAUAGAUAAAUAUAAUGAUACACUUGUUAAAGUUCAUAUGAGUUCUUGCCAAUAUUUUCAAAAAAGAGUGGAUAGACAAUUUUAUGUUUGUUUGGAGUAUAAAGAUCACUUAGCGAUAAUAACUAAAGAUAAUGAACCAUCAUGGUAUGAUCUAACUCCUAUUGGAAAUGAUCAAAAUGCUUAUAAGUGGAGAAGACGCAUAAUAAAUUUAAAUGAAGUAGUUAUUUGUGCAACUUGUUAUAACGACACUGUUUAUAUGCUUACUUACGACAAAACCCGUACUAUUAACUUACACAGCUACUGUCCAAUGUAUGAGUUAACCAAGAAGUUAAAAUCUUUUAAUAUAGCAUAUGAUGGUGAUACUACGAUGUGUGCUUUCAAUGUGGAUAAAGCUAUGGUAUUUAAAAAUGAUACUUUUGAAUAUUAUUCUGUGGAUAAUGACUUUUUCAUAGAAUAUAAAGUUCAAUUAGACUCUUUUCAUUCAAACUACUUAUUUAGUGUUCCUAUUUAUAUAGAUAAGACAUUAUAA